AUGGCCCCCGUACAGUUCUGGUCGACCCCUGGUCUCUACAUCAAGUGGGCUGCCCGCAACAAGCCCGCCAUCUUCUGGUCAAUCGUCGUCGGCAGCGUCGGUCCCGUCAUGGCUCUCGUCGUUCCUCCCGUGCGCGCCCGCUUCGGUGACGGCCCUCGUCCUCAGAUUCCCUUGACCUACCCGAUACCCAAGGGCCCUCGCAGUCCUCCUUCCGGCUACGAAGACUAA